UUAUAAAAUUAACAAGUUGUUGUCUUUAGAUUCAAAAUUUAGUAACUUUAAUCAAAUCUGCUUUGUGGGUUUUAGUGGUUCUUUGUUCAGCUCCUGAGAAAGUUGAAGAUCGCAAAACACUAAGAGGAAAGAAGAAAAAAAAACAUGAAGUGGAGUGUAACAACACUUCAGUCUUCACUACACUGAGGACCCUUUGAUUUCUUUUCAAGCUUUCUGUCUAAAAUUUACUGACUUGGGAACUUAUACAUGCAACUGAGUAUUGGGAAGAUUGAACUUUGCAAGUUCAUUUUCGGAGAAAAUGAUGAUUGAAGUGAUUUUGGGGCUAUCUUAGUUCUUUUGACAAGUUAACAUGUUUCAAUAUUUUCGUGAGUUAUGUCAUAUGGGAAACCAAAGAUUACUUUUUUUGUUGGGAGCACUUGCUGUUAAUUAUUUACUAUUUCAAUCAAUUUUGGUUCCAUAUGAAAAUGAAAGAGCUCCUUGGUCUUCUUCUGAUUUCAAUAAUGCUGUUAUGGUGGAGAAAGUGAAUACUCCCAUUAUAGAAGAUGUAGGAAUGCAUAACCAUGCAAAGAGUAGUUUAGUUUCUGAACUUGGAGUGGAUAGAAAUGAUUUUCACAUUUUACUUGGGAAGAAAGAUGUUGGUAAAAAUAGAAGCUUGGAGUUAGAUAAUGUAGGAGGUUCCAAGAAAAGUUCCAUUGUAGUUUUGGCCAAGGAGAGUAAGGUUGACUUUUUAGUGAAGCCAUCUUUGGAGCCGAAAAGGGGAAUUUCUACAAUUUCUCAGUUGGUAAAAAGUAAUACUAUUGAUUCAAGGGAGCAUGAUGGAGUUGGUUUUGAUGCCUCACAGAGUUCAAUGUCAUUGACUAAUCGGACUCGUCUUGAAAGUUCUCCUCAGAUUAAGAAGUUGCCUGCCUCAGAUAAAAGUACUGCGGCGAAUAAUAUUACUGUGAGAAAGAUGAGGUGUAAUAUGCCCCCUAAGUCAAGAAUGUUGAUACAGGAGAUGAACCAUUUGCUAGAGCGCCGCCGCACUUCUUCUCGUGCAAUGAAAGCAAGGUGGAAAUCCAAACUUGAUAUGGAAAUUUUUGCAGCAAGGUCCGAGAUUGAGCAUGCUCCUACAGUAACAAAUGACAAGGAACUCUAUGCUCCCCUCUUUCGCAAUCAUUCUAUGUUCAAAAGGAGCUAUGAACUGAUGGAACUCACACUCAAAGUAUACAUAUACAUGGAAGGAAAUAAACCGAUCUUUCAUCAACCUAUACUUAAGGGGCUAUAUGCAUCGGAGGGGUGGUUUAUGAAAUUGAUGGAGGAAAAUAAGCAAUUUGUUGUGAAGGAUCCUGCUAAGGCCCACCUGUUCUAUAUGCCAUUUAGUUCACGUAUGUUAGAGUUCUCCGUUUAUGUACGUAACUCUCAUAAUCGGACAAAUCUCCGUCAGUAUUUGAAGGAGUACACAGAUAAAAUUUCAGCGAAGUAUCGUUACUUCAACAGAACUGGUGGUGCUGACCAUUUUCUUGUUGCUUGCCAUGAUUGGGCUCCAUAUGAAACAAGGCACCAUAUGGAAUACUGCAUAAAAGCCCUCUGCAAUUCUGAUGUAACUCAAGGCUUUAAAAUUGGAAGAGACGUUUCUCUCCCAGAAACUAUGGUCCGGUCAGUACGAAAUCCUCAGAGAGAUCUAGGCGGAAAACCUCCGCAACAAAGGUCCAUUCUGGCCUUCUAUGCUGGAAACAUGCAUGGCUAUUUGCGUUCGAUAUUACUAAAGCAUUGGAAGGAGAAAGACCCUGAUAUGAAGAUAUUUGGCCCAAUGCCUCAUGGCGUUGCACACAAAAUGAAUUACAUCGAACACAUGAAGAGUAGCAAAUACUGCAUAUGCCCCAAAGGGUAUGAAGUCAACAGCCCACGGGUAGUUGAAGCCAUAUUUUACGAGUGCGUACCUGUGAUCAUAUCUGACAAUUUUGUGCCGCCAUUUUUUGAGGUUUUAAAUUGGGAUUCAUUCUCAUUAAUCCUUGCAGAGAAAGAUAUUCCAAACUUGAAACAAAUACUUCUUUCAGUGCCUGAAGAGAAGUAUCUCAAGCUACAACUUGGUGUCAGAAGAGUUCAGAAACAUUUUCUUUGGCAUACUAAACCUUUGAAGUACGACCUCUUUCACAUGACCCUUCACUCAAUUUGGUAUAAUAGAGUGUUUCAAAUAAAUGUGAGAAAAAAAUGAAUGUGAGCUCUCUUAACUAGAAAGCAGAAGCACAUCUGGCUAAAGAACUUAGCAGAAGAAAUGAUAACUUAAUUAUGUGAGACACUGCUUCUUAAGCUGUAGUGGCAAGAAGAACUUGAGAAAGAAUAUGGCAAGAACUAGGAAUUUGUAUUCAGUAUCCUAGUUUGUUACUAGUACUGAAUGUAUCAAAAAUAAAAUGUUCCAGAUCAUGUCAAUGUACUUAACAGUAGUUACCUUAAUUAUCAUGAAUAGUAAGAAGUAAGAACAGUUUGUGCAAUAACGAUUAAGCAAAAUUUCUCACAUUUUUUUUCC